AAUGCACCGUGACAAACGGUUCGGCGUUUGAUGACCAGCCACCUACCUAUCAGGAGCACGCGCAGAGCCCAACUGUCUCCCAGAGAACCAACCUCAUACUCCUUCGUUCUGUUCAUCCGCCUUCAUCCUAUCUCCAGAACUCUCAGGGUCCACCGAACAUGAACCACUCCCGCAAACCUUCAGUUUAUUCCCGCGUCUCGACCGCAUCGACAAGCAUUGUCGACCUUGCAGACUAUCGCUUGUCGUCCUGGUCCUCUCCCAACGUCGCAGGAUCUCCCCUCUUCUACAGUAGCACACAUCUCACAGGCGGUAUGUAG